UGGAACGCCACCUGAAAAUGCACGCAGGUGAGAAGCCUCACUCUUGUAGCACCUGUGGAAAAAGAUUCCUGCUGAUCAGCGAUGUUACGAGGCAUAUGAGGAUUCAUACAGGGGGAAAGCCUUUUGCAUGCGAAUUGUGUGGCCGAUCUUUCCGACAACGUUAUCACUUGAAAGCCCACAUGAGUUUCCACACAGGUGAGAAGACUCACUCCUGCAGUAUCUGCGGGAAAAAAUUUGGUCAAGGCUCAGAGUUAAGGCAACACGCCACAGUUCAUACAGGUGAAAAGCCAUUUACUUGCGGAACAUGUGACAAAUCUUUCAGGUUAAUGUGUAGCUUGAGAUCCCACAUGAAAUCACACACGGGUGAAAGACCAUUCCCCUGUGACACCUGUGGAAAAGCAUUUCACAAGACUUCAAAUUUGUAUAGGCACCAAAGAAGUCAUACUGGAGAAAAGCCAUUCACAUGUGCAACCUGUUACAAAUCUUUCAAAAAUGGGUGUGACUUGAAAAUUCACAUUAGAAGAGUCCACACUGGUGAGAAUGCCUUCCCUUGCAAGAUCUGUAAGAAAAAUUUCUACUUAUUAUGUCACUUAACACGGCACAUGAAAUCGCAUAGAAACAAGUAGCCGUGUGUGUGCAGAUGUGUGAGAGGUGAUUUUAGACAAAUGAUAGCUACAUCUCUACUUUUAAACUACAGUUUUCCUUAGAGGGGGUUCACAUCGUCUAUGUGUACUGAUCAUGUCUCUUGAUUGGCAAUUCAAGGUAGCAUGCAGGCUCAUAACGUUGCGUUUUUCAGAUAUGUGUGACAUGAUUCACUCAGCUGUUUGUGCUUGAAAUGCCCAUAACCCUGAAUACAUACCUCUCAAAAUGACCUGAAUAAACAACUCCUCUGCUGUGUGACGAGAAA